AUGCAAAAUGAAUUAAUUAAAAUUUGUGAUGACUUAAUUCGAGGACAAACACUUAAUGAAGUAAAGUAUGCUAAAUUCUUCACAUUAAUCGCCGAUGAAACUACUGAUGUGAUCGAAGUUCGAACUGGAGGUUUGGCUCGAUUAAUUCUUGAAGAAUUAAAAACUCUUGGUCUUGAUCCAAAUUUUAUGGUAGGCCAGGCGUAUGAUGGAUGUGCAGCAAUGUCCGGGCAAUUUAAUGAAUAUCAUGUAUAUAUCCAAAACCUACUUUCGACGGGUGUGGGUGUGGAUUCAAGAAAAUUAUUAGAUUUACGUAAUGAACAUGAAAAGAAAAAUUCGAAAUCAUAG